UUACCUGUCAAAUGAUUUAAGAAUUUUUAGGUUAUGUUGCUUUGUUAUUUGGAGAUGUAACGGUGCGAAAUCAAAAUCCACGUUUCAGUCGGCCCUCAAAAUGGAAGAUUUUACUUGUCCACGAUGCAAAACCUCAAAAUUCCAAAACCCAUCCCUCAAAAUGAUGGUAAAUGUAUGCGGUCAUGGGUUAUGCGAAAGCUGCGUGGAUUUGCUUUUUCUCAAAGGUUCAGGAAGUUGCCCCGAAUGUCGCAUCCCUUUACGCCGCAACAACUUCCGUAUCCAGUUAUUUGAAGACGCGAAUGUCGAAAAAGAAGUGGACAUCCGGAAACGCGUCUUGCGCGAUUUUAAUAAAAAGGAAGAGGACUUUGGCUCUUUAGCGGAAUACAACGACUAUUUAGAGGAAGUAGAAACGAUAAUUUAUAACUUGGCGAAUAACAUAGACAUCGUUAACACUAACAAAAAAAUAGAACAAUACAAACGCGACAAUAGAGAGCAGAUACUUAAAAGUAAAGGCAAACUCGGACGAGAGGAGUACGAAUUGGAGGAGAUGCUGGAGUUUGAGAAGCAGCAAACCGAGCUACGAAAGCAAGAAAUCAUCAUGGAAGAAACAGAAACUAAGAAAAAGAAAAUUCGAGAGAAGGAGGCGCUCAUUGACGAACUCAUGUUUUCGACUGAAAACGCCAAAAACAUCGUCGAAACGUUCGCCCAGCAAGCCAAAGAAGCGAAAGAAGAGGAGGCUAAAGCCGCCCCGGCGAAGAAAACCCAUUUUUCCUCUGGGAUACAAAUUGGGAGACAGUCGCAGUCGACUUUUUUGCCCGUGCCUGCAGAAGAUGGACCUUUGUUUGUCUAUAAACCGUUCGUUAUGCAGACUGACGGGCCUAAGUUACCCAAUGACGAAGACGUCAUCAUUAAAGGUUACACCAACCACGUCAGAUCAGAGAACGAGCAGGAGAGAGCGGGCGGUUUUAGGUCGAAUAUAGCGUGCAUGAGGGCGCUGCAGGACGCCUUCUCGGGACUGUACCAUGUGAGAAAAGCUCCAGUGCACUGAUUUUUGUUUAAAUAAAUUUUUGUACAUUAAAACAUUUAUUGUUAACAGAACACACA